AUGCCUCCGCCGCGGCGGACCAAGGUCCCGCGGAAAGCGAAGGGGAAGAAGAAGCCACCGGCGAAGCCAGUUCGUCGGAGCUCGACGAGGAGCUCGAGCUAUUCCGAAAGUAGCUACGGCAGUGAUGGCAGUUCGUCCCCGGAACACUCGGACGAAGACGACCCCAAGGAGUACAAGAGGGGAGGUUAUCACCCGGUCAUGCCGUACCAGCUUUACAAUGCACGGUAUCGCGUGCUGUCCAAGCUGGGAGCCGGUGCAUUCUCGACCGUCUGGCUCUGCACGGAUGAGAAGGACUCCUCCCAAGAGCCACGGUUGAUCGCCAUGAAGGUGUGCAAGUCGAAGAAGAGCGUCACGGAGCAGGCUCAAGAUGAGGUCAUGCUACUCGAACGGCUACAUCAGGACGGCAGCUCGCCACAUGUGGUGAAGAUGCUGGACCACUUCUGGCACACCGGCACGAAUGGUCGCCACAAGUGCAUGACAUUCGAGGUGAUGGGGGAGAACUUGUUGGCUUUGGUCCGGCACCACAACUACGAGGGCCUUCCCCGAGACCUCUGUCGACGUCUAUCAAGGCGUAGAAGAGUGGACACGGCACUCAACUUGCCUGCAGAAGUGCAUGACGCCGGUGUUUGCCAGCUGUUCAAGUCAAAGCUGCACAGGACAGGUGAGGAGAUGUGCUUGCAAUGCACCCCAAUUCGCAAUGAAUAA